AACCGUAGGGGGCAGUGUAGCGAUUACCAUUGAUUUUCAGUCAUUUCGGCUUCCGUUGAAAGGCUUUGUGCGAUCCAUAACAUCUGCCUGUUCGUAAUUUAGCCUCUUAACGUGGACCUUUCCGCUUAUAAGAGUUAUAAGUGUGCAGUUACAUUUAGUCAGCCAUGUCAUCUGACUCUAUAAAGAAACGCAAGUCGAAGGUUCUUCGUAACGAAGGGGGAACCACUGAGAUGAAGCGAGGCCGAGGGGAGGUCGAGCAGCAGGAUGUUCGCGUGUAUAAUGAGGAGGUGGAGUUGGACGGCAGGGAGCCUGAACACGACUACUUGCAGUUUAAAGAGUCCUGUGAGACUCUGGCUUCUCUCAUGAGUGAAAUCCAGGAGCUUAAAGCUAAUGGAGCUAAAGAGGGGUGUGCCGAGGUUGAGCAGAAGCGCAUGCAGAGCUGCAUCCUCUUCAUGACCUUGAAGAAGUUCAACCGCCUGGCCCACAUGCGGCUAAAGAGAGGACGAGACCAGACGCACGAGGCAAAACAGAAGGUGGAUGUGCUGCACCUUCAGCUGCAAAACCUGCUGUAUGAAGUCAUGCAUCUUCAGAAGGAGAUCAGCAAAUGUCUGGAGUUCAAGUCAAAGCAUGAAGAAAUAGACUUGGUCAGUGAGGAGGAGUUUUACCGGGAUGCUCCUCAAGAGAUCUCCAGGCCUCAGCUCACAAAAGACGAUCCACACCAGCUCACACUGGCCCGGCUGGACUGGGAGCUUGAACAGAGGAAGAGAUUGGCAGAGAAAUAUAAGGAGUCUCAGUCUACAAAGGAGAAAAUCCAGAAGAGCAUUGAGGUGAAGAAGGAGCAUCUGAGAAGUUUGCAGCCGGGACUUAAUGCUAUCAUGCAGGCGUCUAUCCCAGUGCAGGAGUAUUUGUCCAUGCCGUUUGAGCAAACUCAGAAACAGACCGAGAUUGCCCGCCACCUUCCUCCACCCCUUUAUGUGCUGUUCGUUCAAGCGAAUGCUUACAGCCAGGCUUGUGACAAGAACCUGAGUGUGUCAAUCAAUGGUGAUGUGGAUGAGGCCAAAGCCCUGUCCAAACCUCCAGAUGACUCUCAUGAUGAUGAAAGUGACUCUGAUGCAGAGGAGGAACAGGAGAAAACGAAGAGAAGAAGGCCGACAACUGGAGGACAGCUGGAUGACAAAAGAAAAGAGAUGCUGAAAAGACACCCGCUAUCCCUGUGCAUAGACCUGAAGAGUAAAGAUGGCAGCAUCCUGCAUCUCUACUUCUACUAUCUAAUGAAUCUGAACAUCAUGACAGUCAAGACCAGCGUCUCUACCAACACGGACCUCACCACAGCCAUCAGUGCAGGGGAGCUUCUGAAGUCAGACACCCUCCUCAGCUGUCUGUACGCCAAUGACCAAGGAAGAGAAACUCCCAAUCCAGCUAAUCGCUACCAGUUUGAUAAAGUUGGGAUUGUUUCCUUUUCUGAUUAUGUGGAAGACUUGGGUUAUCCCUACCAGUGGGUUCAGGACCUUGGAGGCCUGCAUUUUCCAUCUGAAACCUCAGAGGGUGUGCUGAUCGGCAGCUCUCUGAGUGCCAGUCACAUGGAGAACACCAUGAAGCUGCUGAGGGGACGAGUCCUGUCCCGGCUGGCUCUGCAUAAACAGUUCGCCUCUUUAGAGCACAGCAUCAUCCCAAUCUCCAGCGAGUGUCAACAUCUGUUUCCUGCCAAAAUUAUCUCACGCCUGGCACGUUGGACAACCAUCAGCCAACAUGAGUACAUGGAGCUUCUAUAUACGCGUCAUGUCACGGAUGCUGGGCUUGCAAAGGAAUCUGAUCUGUACUUUAUGGCGGUGGUUGAAAGGGGCACAGCUCGUCUCAAUGCUGCAGUGGUGCUGAGUCCGCGUUACCCAGAGAUUUCCCCGCUCUUCUUCCUCUCCCUCAGCUGGAAGGGAGAAUGCUCAGGACGGACCGAUGACAACCUCAGAGCAAUGGAGAGUGAGGUGAACGUGUUUAAGAACGAGCUGCAGGGACCGCGUCCAGGAUACCAGCUUCUGACUAACCAGCUAGCUCGACUGUGUGUCUGCCUGGAUGUGUAUUUGGAGACAGAAGGACAAGAUGACGGCGUGGAAGGACCCAGAGAGUUCCCUCGUGAGAAGAUGUGUCUGCGCACCGUCAGGGGUCCAAAUCGUCUGAAGCCGUUCAAGUACAACCAUCCUCAAGGAUUCUUCAGUCAUCGCUAAAUCGGACUGCAUUCUUAUUUUCUUUGGCUAAAACUUUGUCUGUUCACCUUUUCUUUUGUAACUACUUUGACCACAAAUAACUGUUUUUAAGACUUUGGCAAAUAAAAACAGAUAUUUUUGUGAA